AAAUGCAAUAAAAGGUUUGAUUACUAUUAAAAGGUAGUCUUAUCUUCAUAUAUGAUGGCUGAGUGAAGCAGAAAGGAUUUUACUCCAAACUGUGAAAGUGUAGUCAUACUUAGAGCUGUCAGGAGGUGAAGGGGGGAAAGACAUUAGAGCAAUAAGGUGAAAGUACACCAGCUUUUGAGGAGUCUGAGCAGGGGCAAAAUGACAACACACAAAAUUUGUUAUGGACAAGAAAUAUUAUGUAAGCUAAGGCUCUGAGGGAUUUGGCCUCUCAGUUGCCAUACAGGACACCCGUGAGUGUGAAGGGAUUCAUCUUUACAUGGCAACCUUCUUGCAUUCUGUUUAAGAGACUUCUCACUUUCCAUGGGGCUUUAUUCUUUUCCCACUUAUCACUGACAUCAAGAAAAUGUUUCUCUUUGAUGGACUGCUGAAUCUUGAACUAUUAACCAGUAAAUUUGGAUCCCAAGUUAGGUGGUGACCACAGAUAUGCUGAAGAAUGUUUCAGUUUUAAUGCUACAUUCAAAAAUGAGCAUCUCCCUCUUGUUUGUGCCCUGAAAAAAAAGAAAAAAGAAACCUGGUUGCCUAAUUUCUGUGUAAUGUAUUAAGAGCACCACUGAUUUAGUGGUUUUGGACAGUGCUUUCCUGUUUUCAUGUUUUAUGCUAAAAACAAUUUCAACCCAAUUUCAGUAAGGUAUUAAUGCUACGUUCCCUUCAGAGAUGACCACCACCUUCUGGUUUUUGAGCACUGAGAUUGUUUUCUGUUUGAUUUAAUCAGAGGAUCACCUGUUUGGUGGUUGUGUGCAGCGUUGUCCUCUUUUCAUUCUAAAAAAUUUUUAACCCUAUUUCAACCAGGCUCCUCAAAAACUGAAAUGUGUUCCUCUGAGCUUUCAACUUUCGGCUCUGAUGUCUGGCAUUCCCCCAGCUCAUCUCCUCACGGCAAUAAGACUGACUCCCCUUCUGCAGUUCUCAAUAAAAUCCAGUCUGCCUCAUCCUACUCUUUGCUUCCUGAAGUGUGGUAGCAGAAUGAGAGUUUAUCACUGGAUUGAGAUGAGAACAAAGAUGCGGAUCAUGGGCUUCAGGGGAGCCACCAUUAAGCCGCUGAACGAGGAAUCGGCAGCAGAGCUGGGCGCCGAGUUACUGGGGGAGGCAAUCAUCUUCCUCAUUGGUGGUGGAUGCAUGGUGUUAGAGUACAGCAGGCAGGCGGCUAACUCUCGCCGUAAAGAGGAGGAGCUGAACGAGACCCUCAUAAGCCUACAGACGCAACUGGCAGAAUUAUCCCUAACGACAGAGACUCUAAGUGCGCAGCUGAGAGAGGUCAACAGGCAACUGCUGUCAUUUCCUGUUCCCACCAAAAAGUAACAAAUUUAGUUGUUUGCUAUACAGCAAGGCAUAAUGUCGGGUUGUGGGGUGAAGGAGUGAGUGCACGUGUAUAUGUACAGCCUCAUAGCUUUGAGCUGGGUGGAAGAGGUUGAUAUAAGUAUAUCACUGCAAUGUGGAUUUGGGUACUGUCAUUUGCUCAUGUUCUGAGCAACUAGUUGUAAAAAAAAAAGGGAAUUGCUAUGAUAUUCAUAGUGAAUUUCACUGGCUGACCUUGCAUGUUCAUUGUAAAGUUGACUGAGUGUAUAUAAAAACUAAAGUGGUGACCUUAAAGUUGAUAUAUACAUAUAUAUUUUUAACAGCUUCAGCAUAUUCCUUUCUUUGUAAUUCAGUGAUCCUCGUAGACCUUAAUCACUUUGGAAAUGCUGAAUUAUAUGAUUUUUUUUUUUUAAAUACUAAUUAUGAGUUACUAUUAAUGGAAAAAAAAUAUAAACACCAAAAAACAAAACCAGCUCAUAUCAGUGGAUUAGUUUUUGAGAGAAUCUGCCCCUGUACUGUCCAUAAAAUUCCAUGUUGUAAUUGCUGGUUUGUAAUUGGAUGUAUGGUGACAAUUGGAAAAAAAAAAAAUUGAAAUAAAACGAUAUGCUGGCUGUU